AUGUCGAACAAGCGCAUCGAACAGAGCGAAAUCGAGAAAUACUGGGAAAUAUUCGCGUCUCUCUCAAAUGGCGGUACACAUCUCACAGGUUCUCAAGCUGCGCCUGUGUUGAAGAACUCUCAAUUGCGGGACGACCAGCUGGAGCGGAUAUGGGAUUUGGCCGACGUUGACAAUGACGGGAAUUUGGACUUUGAGGAGUUCUGCGUGGCUAUGCGGUUGAUUUUUGACCUUGUCAAUGGAGAAUAUGCGGACGUACCACCACAAUUGCCAGACUGGCUGGUUCCCGAAUCGAAAGCCCAUCUAGUACAGGCGAAUCGGGCUCUUACAGGGAAACAAGUUCAAUUUGAAAGGGUUGAAGAUGAAGAUGAUUCCCCAGGGCUGAAGGACGGCUUUGACUGGUAUAUGAGCCCGUCUGAUAAGUCAAAAUACGAGGAGAUAUAUUCGGCGAACCGCGACAGGAGGGGAGAUAUCACCUGUGAGCAGGAACUUGCUCCUCAAUUGAACCUUACAUCUACUAACAUUCACACAGUCGAGUCUCUAGACACCCUCUACUCCUCACUUGAAGUCCCCGACACCGACAUCCGAUCAGCCUGGAACCUCAUAAACCCCUCCGCAUCCCCAGCGAUCUCAAAAGACGCCUGUCUAGCCUUCCUCCACAUCCUCAACAACCGCCACGAAGGCUACCGCAUCCCGCGAACAAUACCCCCCUCCCUCCGUGCAAGUUUCGAGCGGAACCAAAUCGACUAUCAAGUCGACCACCAGCGAACGUCGUCGCCAGCACAGAGAUGGGGUACGACAGGCGGCGAGGAAACAAGUACGGGCAGGAAAGCCAAAUUUGGGGAGACGUAUCUGAGUCGUAUGGGCGUUGGUGGAAAGGGAAGCUAUACACCGGCAGGCACAGAUUUCUCGGCCACGAAAACUACGGAAGAUUGGGAGGAGGUCAGGUUGAAGAAACAGUUGGCUGAAUUAGAAGCGAAGAUCGAUAAAGUGGAAGCUGCAUCGGCGACUCGACAUGGUGGACGACGUGAUACCAAGCCAGCCCUUGUUAAGCGGGAGCUAGAGCAGCUGUUAGAUUAUAAGAGAAGAGAACUGCGGGAUUUGGAGACUGGGGAUGGCAAAAGCAAAGUCGGAGCAAGCCUGAAAGGUGUUGCUGACGAGAUUGCUACGGUUAAGGAACAAGUUGAUGGAUUGGAGGCACACUUAAAGUCUCGUCAACAGGCGCUUUCAGAGUUGCAGCAGGAGAUUGAGAGCGAGAAGUCAGGUAUAUAG